ACUAACCGUACAUGGAAUAUCUCAUUGCUUCUUCCCAGGCAGCCUGAGCAGUGCACUGGAGCUGCAACAGCUGGGUUAGAUGCUAAAGAGCUUCCCAAGAUACCUGAAGAAGAUAUGGAAGAACUGAAGGCUGCUCUUGGGAAAGAAAACCUCAUUGAAGCAGUUGCUAAACCGAAAGAGGCUCUGGAGGGUGCUGGUAAAUUCACUCUCAAUAUCGCUGUUACGGGGGAGGCAGGCUCUGGAAAAUCAUCCUUUGUCAACGCCAUCCGGGGCCUGGGGGAUGAAGAUGAUGGUGCUGCCGAGACAGGGCUGCAAGAAACGACAGAGAAGCACACUGCUUACCCACAUCCUACAUACCCAAAUGUAAGAGUCUGGGAUCUGCCAGGGACCCGAAUGAAAAAGUUUGAAUUAGACACAUACUUCAAGCGGGUGGAGUUCAGUCGCUUCAACUUUUUCAUCACCAUCUCCAGCCCCCGCGUCGCAUGCCAUGACAUUAGCCUCGCUCAGGAGAUCCAGAGACAGGGGAAGAAGAUCCCAGUCCCAUUCUGGUGUCGUGGAGUCACUGCUGUUCCUCUCCCGGGUCUCUCCACUGUUUGUGAUGUCGCCAUGCUGGUGACGUCCCUGAAAAGGUUCUGCAGUGAUUUCAGCCUUGAUGAAAAGUCUCUCACUACUCUUGCUAGACAGGCUAACAAGCCCAUUGCAGACCUGAAGGCCAUUAGACAGUCCCCACUGAGUGAGGCAAUAACACAAGAUCUUGUAAUGAAGCUACUGACCAAGUGCGCAGCUGGGGCAGUGAAAUAUUCUACAUAUUUGUUUAAUUUUGUAUCUGUGGUAGGUUCCGUGGUACCUGCAGCAGUUUCGCUCCCUACCAUAAAGAUCAUGCUGCAGAAUUUCCUGGAUGAUGAUGCUGCUGACACUCUAUGAGUUCUGGAGGUGGCUAUGGAGAGAGACGUUUCAAACUGAGAGAAACAGCACGAAAACACCCGCAGCCCCUGAAAGGAAGAAACGUCAGGACAUGGCUGCAAGGAUCAAAGGAAAGACCCUGUCCCCGCUGGAGCUUGGAGCUCAAAGCUGUGGGAAGUCUCAUGAAAAAUGCUGCCUUUCUGCAUCAGGUGGGAAACUUCACCAUAACUGAGCUCUGAGACCCAUUUCCACUGAGGUCUCCCACCCACUAUAAAAAUGAUGACACACAUUCUCUGGGCCGUUCCUUCCCCAGAGGGGUGUUUCUCCUAGCAUUACUAUGGGGACAGAGUUAAGGUUAUGUGCUUGUGCUGGGUGGAAUGUUUGGCCAUAUCUAUUCCAGUCAAUAGCCAACGUGCCAGGCUCUGCCUUCCCCCAAUGACCCAUUGAUUUGUUGCUUUUCUUUUCAUAAUGAUUCACGGUCCGGUUCUGCUCCUCUUUCACCCCCCCAGAAUGGGCCCCUCUUGUCUUGUAGAAAUGAUUUAAUAUUUCAAUUAUAAUAAACUUGCAUUUAAUCUGGA